AUGCCCUCCUGGUGGAAGCGCACCCAGUCCUACCUCUCCUCGCACUCCAACUUCUUCAUCGUCACCGGAGGCAUCGUCGGCGGCGCCUACCUCAUCUCCAACUAUGCCAUCGCAAAGUUCCAGCAGAUACAGGCCAAACUCGUCCAGGACAGAUCCGCAAACGAAAACCUCCGACGCCGCUUCGCGCAGAACCAGGAAGACUGCACUUUUACCGUACUCGCCCUCCUCCCCACCGUAGGCGACCAGCUCUCGGCAAGGCUAAACGUAGAACAGCUCACCGAAAGCCUCCGCGCACAGUCUUCCUCGUCGUCCCUCGCCGCCCAAACAUCGGACAGCCCGGCUCCAACGUCCCCAACACCCCAGACCGAAUCGCAACAAUCAUCACAGCCAGCACAGGAGCACACCGAACCCGCCGCCGCCCAACCACAAGCCGCGCCCCCGGCCGACCAGACUCCGCCUGGCCCCGAGCAGCGUGCUCAGAGCGCCGAACCCAGCCCGCGUGCCAGCCCCAGCCUCUCCGGCGCAAAGUCGACCUUCAACCCAUUGGCAAAGGAGUUUGUCCCCUUUGGUCAACGUCAGCCCACCCCGCCCCCUUCCUCGCCUUCGCAGCCAAUCAAAGACCAGCCUGCAGAGCAGCAGCAGCAACAGCAGCAGCUCGACGCUCCCGCAGCCCCAGAGACCGCCGACGCAGUCUCCGCCGCGCCAUCUGCGCCCGCACAGCAGCCGGCCGAUGCGGGCGAGGAGUCGGUGCAGGAACCGACCACAGGCACUGCUGCCGACGGUGACGCCUUGACCGAGUCCGCGCCACCGCCGCCUGCCCAGGCGCAGCCUACUGCGGAACCCUCGGCGCCUCAGCCGGCGCCCAUCCAGCCGAGCCGCGAGCGUUUGGUCCAGGAGAGGCAGGCCAAACUCAAGCUCUGGAACGAGCUCAAGAUUGUCUCCUUCUCGAGGACGGUGACUUCGCUGUACUGCGUGGCGCUCCUCACGCUGCAGACGCACGUCCAGCUCAACCUGAUCGGCAGGUUUGCCUACCUGGCCUCGAUCGAGGCGCAGAUGAUGUCGACGGAACUCGACGGCCAGCUCGUGGGCGCCGAUUGGCAGGAUGCCGGAUCGCGCGACCAGGCGGGCCAGUUUGGACUCGACCACGAGACCGAGAGGCUCUACCUCACCUACAGCUGGUGGUUCCUCCACCGAGGCUGGGACCAGCUGGCCACCCGCGUCGUCCAGGCAGUCGAGCGCACCUUUUCCGGCCUUCCCGUCAAGGCUCAGAUCACCAUGAACGAGAUGCGCACGCUCGUCGGCAGCGCACGCAGCUCGGUCGAGUACGAGCUGUGCGGCGAGUCGACCAAGCGGUCCAACUUCCUCGAUGUCCUCUUCCCCGUCAGCGAGGAGCAGGAGCUCGAGACGCUGAUCCAGUCCGGCGCCGUACCCGCCGACCGGGCGCUCGAUACGCUGCGGACCAACCAGCGUCUACGGCUGCUCCUCGACGAGACAAAGGACAUCAUCGAGUCGUCCGACUUUAGCACCAUCCUCCACCUCUGCCUCGACCGCGUCUUCGACGUCUUCUUCACCACCAUGUCGCCCACCUUCGGCCUGGCCCCUUCGACCCCCGUCGGCGGCGGCCUCAGCGGACACGACGAGGCAGGGACAGGGACGGGCAUGGGUGCGAGGAUCCGCGAGAUAACGGCCGACGAGGCCGAGACGCUGCAAAAGGGGCGCAGCGUCCGGCUCGCCUCGCUCUUCCCCGCCGUGGCGCGACAGAGCCAGCUGGCCAUCCACGGCGUGCCCAACGAGUACAUCGAAUCGCUCUCCGACUCCAAGGAGCUCCGCGCCUUUUCCGCCAUCAUCUACGCCGCCUGGCCGCCAGAGGCGUCGCACUGA